GUAAACAAGCGAGAGAAGCGUUGCCGACAUGGCGUCCUCGGACGAAGUCGUUGGUCCCAGGAAAAGCGUCGACAAACUUAAAUAUUUGGAGAAAUACAUGUCCGGGAAAGAAAAGAAAAAAAAGAAACGACCGAAAGCUUCAGCCGUUCAAAGGUUGCGAAUCUUGGACGACGACGUCGACCUCAAGCAUAUCCCGUCGGCCCACUCUCGCGAAGGGAGUCCAGAAGACGAAGACGUUCCCGUAGUCGCCGCUGUCCUCGACGACCGGCCGCUGCAUGCCCGGGUCGCCGAGCAGUACGCGUCCGGCCAGUGGAAAACUCUGGGCAAAGAUUCAUCGAGGGACGUGCCGAAGUCUCCUGUCCAGCGCGCUGGCUCGGGAACAGACAGUGAUGGAUCUCCACCCAGAAAGUCUACCCACAGAACUAGGCACGAUUCCGACAGUGAUCUGUCUCCGGAGAGGCCCGUGACUGUUGACACGUCCAGGAAGUCUCCCAAGACAUUGAAGGCUCAGCAAAAGGAAGGGCACGCUCGCAAAAGGACCCCACCCUCCGACCACCGUUCGCCACCUCGAAAGGGGAGACAUGACUCGGAUAGCGACGCAUCUCCCCCGAGAAAAAAAUCCUCACCGUCGAAGACAAGGCGAUCCGAAAAGUCCCCCGAAAAGAAGCAGCGAUCGCAUCGUGGAAACCACUCGCCGGCGGACACAUCUUCGAGGCACGGCGUGAGCGGCGACCCAUUGUCUCACACAAGGAAACACAGGAAGGAGAGUUCCCAUCGCCAUGAUCCGUUGCAGGAGAGGGACGUACGGCACGAGAGACACACUGACCCUCCACCCGUUAAAAUAAAAUCCGAACCGUCAGAAGAUCACGAAAAAACCAAGAGUAGAUCCAAAGGCAGGAGCGAAGAUGCUAGACACGUGUCUUCUAUGGCCGCUUCUGACAGUGAUCUGUCUCCGACGAGAACAAGACCCAGACUGGGCGACAGACACCGUUCGGAGCGCAGUGGGUCACCAAGUCGCCCGACUAGGAGAGGAGAGGACCGCCAUUCCCGUGGGUCACCCGAAAAGAAACGAAUCCGAGUGAAAGUUGAGCCCCAGUCACCACGUUUGUCGCCCAAAAAGCAUGCAAGGGUCCCUUCACCCCAGAGGCACGACUCCGACAGCGACUUGUCUCCACAUAGAGCGAGGCCUGAGAGCGUCCCGAGAGGCUCCGACAGCGAUCUUUCUCCGCGACGAGAGAACCGGCCACAGAAGGACGUAGCAUUGGCAAGGCGACGCGAUUCCGACAGUGACCUCUCGCCUCCUCGUCCGGGGGCAAGGAGCAGGUCACCCGAUAAAGUGAAAAGAAGGGGUUCGAGCAGCGAUCUUUCUCCCGCAAGAAGAAAGAGCCCCGGGAAAAGUCCGUCUCCACCGAGGUCCAAGCGACGCAAGUCUGAGGCUGGACAUGGGAGGCCCACCAGAGGACGAAGCAGUCCGGAUAAGAAGCGGAUGGAGCCGGAAAAAACGCAGGAAGUGGUCAAGCUGCGAGACACCUCCAAGGCGGACCGUGCCAGAGAGGCCGCGGCUAAGGAGGCCGAAAGAGCCAAGGCGUAUGACAAGUGGGGCAAAGGACUCGCUCAGCAGGAACAGCAAACACAGAAGCUGGAAGAGCACCUUCACGAGAUGUCCAAGCCCUUUAGUCGGUACGAGGAUGACGAAGACCUGGAGAAGCAUCUCAAGGACCAGGAGAGGGAGGGAGACCCCAUGCUCAACUACAUCCGGAAAAAGAAGAAGAAGGGCGUCGAGAACAACCUACCGAAGUACAGCGGUCCCGAACCACCUCCAAACCGCUACGGGAUUCGGCCAGGAUAUCGCUGGGACGGGGUGGACCGUUCCAAUGGGUUUGAGAAGAAGCUUGUCGAGAUGAGGAACAACAAGAAGGCAACCGAAGAGAUUGCAUACAAGUGGAGUGUUGAAGAGUUAUAAUGCUCACUCGGGGGCAAAAGUUGUGCAGUUCAUGAUUUUUAAAAAAUUAAAAUAUGGCAAAACUGGUGAAA